CGAAUUAAUUAUGAAUGUAUCAUACAUUUUUUAAAUAGUUUAACUAACUCCAAUGUUAACCAAGAAGUAUUGGACAAUUUAAGCAAGUAUCUAAAAAUGGAAGAAUGCCUUGUUAAAGAACUAGUACUUGACAGAAUUAAUCUGUCAAAUUUAAAUUAUUUAUGUUGUUUAACACCAGAUACCAAAGUGAACAAAGUAUGGCUGAGAUUUUGUCAACUUAAAGAUAAAGGAGUUAACURUCUUAUGGAUAUUUUGAAUGAGACAAGUAGAAAUACAAAAUUGAAUACAUUGUACUUAGAUUGCAAUAGUAUAACAUGCAAAGGAGCAUUAGAAAUAGCACAGGUUUUAAGAACCAAUAGAACAUUAAAAUCACUUUCAUUGGCAAAAAAUUUGAUUAAGGAUGAAGGGGCAUUUGCUUUAAUGAGUGUUUUAUCAACAUUUCAACUCAAUGAUUAUGAAACCAAUUGGAAAUCUAAGCAAGAACAACAAAGAAAUAGGCUAGUAGAAUAUUUGGUAAGUUUUAAUAGUUUUAAUAGUUUAUACAGUGGACAUUUUCAAUCAAAUUUAUCUACUUUAUUACUUAACAAAUUUGUGGAUAAUACUAGUUCAUAG